GAGAUGAAACCACAAGCCUUGCUGCUGUUACCAAAGCGAAUAUGGCCGUUGGAAAAUUGCUGAGAUCCGAGAGCCAGGAUCAAAAAGAUGAAACUGGACUGAAGGAGGAAUUAGAUGGAUUGAUUGCAAAAAUAAAGAAGGCACAAGCAGCAUCAGCCGAUAAGAAUUUGGAAGAAGUAUGCGGAAACAUGGCGGAUAUUCCAAAAAUUCCAGUGAGGACCAAAAAAAUUUUGAAAGGACACUUAUCCAAAGUUACAGCCGUUCACUACUGUGGAGACAAUAGGCACUUGGUAUCUGGCUCCUUAGAUGGAAAACUUAUAAUUUGGGAUACUUGGUCAGGAAAUAAGGUUAGAAUCAUUCCUCUUCAGUCGAGCUGGGUGAUGACUGCAUCCUAUUCACCAUCAGGCAACUACGUGGCAUGUGGUGGCAUGGACAAUAUGUGCACCGUGUACGAUGUCAACUCCAGAGACAGUAAUGGCACUGCAAAGGUUAGGAGAGAGAUGAUGGGAUUUGAAGGUUUUCUUUCCUGCUGCAGAUUUCUAGACGACAACAAACUAAUCACUGGAUCGGCUGAUAUGAAAAUAAUGAUGUGGGAUUUGGAGAAGGGUGUCAAAGACUUCGAAUGUGACGGCCAUGCCGGUGACGUGAUAAGCAUGUCAUUACAUCCUGACAAGACCUCUUUUGUGACAGGAUCUGUUGACAGAAGUGUGAAA